AUGAGUGCAAGUCCUACACCUGAAGUCUCUGAAAAGAGCAGCAAGAAUGCAGUUGAACAAUUAUCUGAAAAUGUUGCUGAGUUAUAUUUGGAAUCAUUUUCAUUCACAACAGCUGCUGCUAUAAUUGGUUAUGUUGAUAGAAAAGUCUGUGUAACAUUGACAGAUGGUCGUCAAUUAUUUGGAGUUUUGAGAACUUUUGAUCAAUAUGGUAGUAUUGUGUUACAAGAUACAGUGGAGAGAAUAUAUUUACCAGAUAAUAGAUUUGGAGAAGAUUAUCUUGGUGUUUUGUUGGUUCGUGGUGAAAACAUUGUGAUAAUAGGUGAUGUCGAUAUUGAUAAAGAAGAUGAACCACUAUCAAAAUUAACUAGAAUACCAUUCCCUGAAGCCAAAGCUGAACAGAAACAAGCAAACGAAAAAUCAACCGUUGAUAGUAAGAAAAAGACAAAGAAGUUGCAUAAAUUUGGGUUGGUUAGUGACCAUUUUUAUGUAUUUUAG